UUUUCUUACAGUAACGUUAAUGGGUUCCAAUUAUCCGUUAAUGGAUAAACACGCGUCACUCCUCGGGAACAGCCGUUCAUGGCGCUCUGUGCUGCUCUCCGAUCUCCCUUCUCUCCCCGGAGAUUCUCUCCGAUUCGCAGAACCAUCGCUCCUUUUCAGACCAAUGUCGUUGCUUCGUCGUCCUCGUUUACACUGCCUUUGCUGUUCCGUUCCGUCGCUACCGGCGGCAGACUUUUCCCGCGCAGCCCGGCGGCGAAACAGCAGGUUGAGCAGGAUGAGGCUGGAUUCGAUCAACCGCCGUCUCAGGAGCUGGCGAUAGCGUCGGCGUGUUUGGUCGGUGUCCUCACCGGAAUCAGUGUGGUUCUGUUCAACAAUUGCGUUCACUUGCUCCGAGACUUCUCCUGGGAUGGGAUCCCUGAUCGUGGAGCUUCGUGGCUUAGAGAAGAACCGAUCGGUUUCAAUUGGUUGCGCGUCAUCCUUGUACCGACCAUCGGCGGUUUGCUGGUCAGCGUCCUCAAUCAGCUCCGAGAAGCUGCUGGAGAUUCCGCCGCGGAUUCUGAUUCUAGUCUCGAUCGUUUAAAGGCGGUGGUGCGUCCCUUCCUUAAGGCUGUCGCCGCAAGUGUGACGCUCGGGACCGGAAACUCGCUGGGGCCGGAAGGUCCAAGUGUUGAAAUCGGAGCUUCAAUCGCAAAAGGAGUAAACUCUCUCUUCAAUAAAAGUCCUCAAACGGGUCUCUCACUUCUUGCCGCCGGCUCAGCCUCCGGAAUUUCCUCUGGGUUCAAUGCAGCUGUAGCUGGAUGCUUCUUUGCAGUUGAGUCCGUUUUGUGGCCUUCAUCAAGUGAUUCAUCAACAUCACUUCCAAACGCAACUUCAAUGGUUAUUCUUAGUGCUGUUACUGCUUCUGUGGUUUCAGAAAUCGGCCUUGGCUCUCAACCUGCGUUUAAGGUUCCUGACUAUGACUUCCGCUCUCCAGGAGAACUUCCACUCUAUCUUUUGUUGGGCGCUCUGUGUGGAUUGGUCUCGCUGGCAUUAUCUCGAUGUACAUCAUCCAUGACAUCUGCUUUCGACAGUCUUAACAAGGAUGCUGGGAUACCAAAGGCUGUAUUUCCUGUAAUGGGUGGCUUAACUGUGGGUAUCAUAGCUUUGGUGUACCCUGAAGUCUUGUAUUGGGGUUUUGAGAACGUUGAUAUAUUGUUGGAGUCUCGUCCAUUUGUGAAGGGCCUUUCAGCUGAUCUUUUGCUACAGCUUGUUGCGGUCAAGAUAGCUGCAACCGCAUUGUGUCGGGCUUCUGGACUGGUCGGUGGUUACUAUGCUCCUUCUCUCUUUAUUGGCGGUGCAGCAGGAAUGGCCUAUGGGAAGUUUAUUGGACUUGCUUUGGCUCAGAAUCCUCAAAUCCAUCUCUCUAUCCUGGAAGUGGCGUCGCCACAAGCUUAUGGUCUGGUUGGAAUGGCUGCUACACUUGCCGGGGUUUGUCAAGUUCCUCUUACAUCGGUACUACUGCUAUUUGAACUCACACAGGACUAUCGUAUAGUGUUACCACUACUGGGAGCUGUAGGCAUGUCUUCAUGGAUUACAUCUGGACAAUCAAAGAGGCAAGAAACUAGGGAAACAAAAGAAACGAGGCAAAGAAAGAGCCAGGACGCUGCACAGCCUCUGGCGACGUCUGACGAUGGAUCAUCAACGAAUAACCUUUGUGAAGUUGAAAGCUCUCUUUGCAUUGAUGAGUCAAGUAUCCAAGCUGAGGAGCUGCCGAAGAGUAUCUUUGUCUCAGAAGCCAUGCGAACAAGAUUUGCCACUGUUAUGAUGAGCACUUCUCUGGAAGAGGCAAUCACUCGUAUGCUGAUAGAGAAACAAUCAUGUGCUUUGAUUGUUGAUCCUGACAACAUCUUUCUCGGCCUGCUUACACUUUCAGACAUUCUGAAAUUCAGCAAAGCAAGAAAAGAAGGCAGCAAGGGACCCAAGGAGUUUUUCGUUAAUGAAAUAUGUUCCACGAGCGGAGGAGGAUGUAAAGUCUCGUGGACUGUUACACCUGAUAUGGAUCUUCUCGCUGCACAAACAAUCAUGGACAAGCAUGAAAUUUCUCAUGUCCCAGUCGUUUCAGGCAGCAUUGAUUCCCACAGAAUACACCCUGUUGGGGUCCUAGAUAAAGAAUGUAUCACAGUAACACGCAGCGUAUGUAGCUCUAGCAACCAGAAUGUUCCUCGUCUGAGUCAAUUCUCUGCAUUCGUAAACGGGUUUGCUUUGUAACUUUUCCUGAGCUGACCAUGAUGAUUUCAAUCCUUUUCAUCUGUGAGGCUCGGGGCCAAAUUUUGUUCUUUAUAUUAAGAGAAUUGGGGAGAAAAGAGUUGGCUGGUGCAGCGUGGAUAGAAGAAGUUCGUGUUCUGCAUCUGUUGGUUGAAAUGGUGGAAGCUCCAUAUCCCGCUUAAGGUGUUGAUCAAUCCAAAGGGAAUACAAACAUGGAACGUGGUUACUGAGAAAAUCUUCAGUCUUUUUUUGAGACUAAAGAUACUGCACUCAAGUGAUUCGUUACCAUUUCAUAUUUUUUUUUUACAGAUUGUUACUGUAGCUUACUCAGAUAUUUGUCUAAUUUGUAAAUUGCUAGUUGGCUUUGUAUCAUAUUGAGAAAGUUUUGACUACUUGAAGACUAUGACAGUGUCAACGAUUAUAAGGGUUUCUCUUUUCCACUAUUUUCUAUAUUGAAGAACAUAAAUUUUUAUGGAA